CUGUGGUCGUUUGGUAUCCCUGUGGCCGCGAAUCUGGGGAUGAAAAGUACUGCCUAGGCCAACAAGCAACAUUGGAAACAAAGUGGUAGAAAAGUGACAUUUAUCUAGUAGAAAUUGACGGAAAACCGCAUAUUGCUACAUAUUCUCUCGAAUUAUUGUCAUUUUGACACCUCUCAUGCUGUUAUUAGACCCAUAUUAUACAAAACGCGAAUCUGGGGAUGAAUCUGGGGAUGAAUCUGGUGCUGAAUGGUACGCGGUGAAAACUUAGUACCAUUUAUAAGCAUGUCACCAUUGUGUGUUGGUGUUUCAGUUUUGCUACCCUUUAAAUGUCUUCUGUUCGUACCAUAUAGUCGUCGCAGAAAACUUAAGAAUCGAGCUUCGCUGGAAUGAAUUUGAUGUGGAUGGAGAUAUGCCUGGUUGUAAUUCGUCUUACUCGGAGGACUUUGUUGAGGUAUACGUCGGUUGUGAGUUCUCCAGGCGGUACCUGACCAAGUUUUGUUCUCGAAACUCCGGAUUGCCACACACAAUAUAUUCCUUGGACAGCUGUCUUACAUUGAACUUCUUUGCCAACCCAGGUGCUGCACCAAAAACGUCUAAAGGCUUUUCUGCUUUCUAUAAAACCACACCCAAACACAAACCUCUCCGGACACAGAGCUGCAACAGAACACUUUUGGAAGGGUCUGGUGUCAUUCAUAGCUCUUAUUGGCCACAAACAUACAACAUUUUAGACAUCGACUCUUGUGCUUGGAAAUUAAAGCUGGAUGGUGUAAUGGCAGUGAAAUUUACUAUCAUGGAUCUUUAUACAAAUUCAUAUUACUCAUUCUGCCAUUAUUCUUGUUAUAAAAGUGAUGUUGUGUCUAUAGAAGGUGUAGCCUCGCUGUAUGCAACUCAACGGGUAAAACAGAGCUUCUGUGGCAAAUGCACACCAUUUGUUUAUGAAGCAUUAUAUUCUGAGUUAAUCAUCAACUGGAAAAAAAAACAUACCUAUUACACUGAACCACGUGGAUUUGUUAUUGGCUUUGUGUCAUAUGUACCAGUUACCACGAUGUCAACUUUCGCAUUAUGGCAAUAUGUCUUGCUUGCAACUUGUUGUGCCGCAUCCAUCUGUAUACCGCUGCUUUUAUUUUGUCGCUACAAAAGGGGAGGCAAUCAAUCCAGCCCACACCGUCUUUACUCCCGACUUGUAAAUGUUGGGACGGAUACAAACGAUAUCGGGACUGCUACAGACAACGCUAAUGGCCAAACAGAAGAUGAGGUUCCCGGUAGUCCACCAGCUGGGAAUGAUUUGGAAACAGAUAUAGCGGAUCAAAGAAGACCAUCGCUUGAUGUCAGCACCACUUGCUACGGAUCUGCUGAUAGCAUCUUAGCUAUGAAUCGUGGCCGAUUCGAUAUGCGCGAUUUUGCCGCUAUCGGGACCGCAGCACAAACAAGCUGUACUUUGGAUUCAGUAUAUGAUGUGAGCGAGUGUAGAAGAAGGGUGCCCAUUUUCACUGAUACGGUCUCUGUUGAGGCUCUCUUUCACCCCAAUGCUCCUUACGUAGAAACCACUGCGCCAAAUGCACCCAUCCCAGAUUCCCUCUCUUCUUAUAGUGACUUAGUUCAUUCUCAUCCACCUGCAGCAGAAAACAACGGCCAGAAAUACAAAGAAGUUGACGGAUUGGCUCGGUCCAUUGCCGAUCGCACGACAGAAGAGAACGAGCUUACAACAGAACAUGCCUGUCACAAUGAAGCGAUAUAUAAUGCCAGACCAGACGCACGGCGUUUUCUUGAAUGGCCCAUUGUCCCAGAUAGUACAGACAACCAAGCAACGGCAACGGAACAACCUCCUCCUUAUGACCAAAUUUACAAUGAGUUGCAAUCUUUGGCCUUCCUUGUCGAUGAGCUGGUGUCGGAUUUCAGCCAGGAGCAAAGUGAUUAGAUAGGACAUCUCUGCGCCAAUCGUUUAUUUUUUCAAUAUUGGCUUGAUUUGUACGAAGCUGUUUGGGCAAAUUUUUCUUAACUGCAGGCUGAUGAUGAUAGAUUGUUACAAAAAUUGAUUGUAAGAAUAAAAUUGGCGUGAAAACAGGGUCUGCACCACAGGGGGCCACUGCUUCCCUCAACGGUUUUCGAAAUAAAAUAAUUAAAUAAACCCAAAUUUUCACAUAUAAACUUCUAGAUUACAUAAAAGAUUAAAUCAUUAUCCACGAGUAAAUCAGCGUGAGCAAUAUUUUGGCACUUUGGGGACAAGAGGGGUUAGUGGAGAGUUUAUUUCCACCCCCUUCCCCGUUUUAGAAUCGAUAAAAUUUGCUUGUAGCGGUAUUGCACGAAAUCGGGGUUUUCCGUUGCCCCUAAUUAGAUUGAAUGUAUGUUGAUAAUCUGACCUGAAAAGCGAAGUAAUUGUGUUUUGUUAUAUCGAUAAGUAGCUCGUAGAGUCAAAGGCUGUUGCGCAACCGGCAUGCUUUGCAGCUAUAUUUUCAAAACCGGCCUGAUAUCGUGCUGCAUGAAAGUACAAAAUACAGCCCAUGUCGUCUCGUGUGCAAUAACAGCUACCGCAAAGCAUGCCGGUUGCCCAAGAGUCUUUAAGAUUAGUCGUUUUGUUCCCACAUCCAGCAUAUGGCAUACUCCUAAAAAUUGUCUAAAUGCUAUGUUUUUUCAACUCUGUGUUCAUACGUCACUGAUAUAAAAAGAUAACCUAUUAAUUUGUUCUUCUUGCCCCCAUGGAAUCCCCUGCUUGUUCCCAUCUGUGUAGUUAGAUGAAAAGAAGGCGUUAAAGGAAAAUUGGCAGGUUUUAACUAACUCCUCUGUCUUGAGGUCGGAAAUAAACGCCCCGUUUAUUCUUUAAUUUUCUUUGCGUUUAUUGAAUUCGACCCUCCUGUUUAUUGAAAUUUUGGAAUUUGCAGCCACUCCCCCCCCCCUGUUUAUUUAAUCCACCAAACCCCAUCCCCGUCCAGCCUCAGAGUAUAUGGCAAAUAGUUACUGGUAGACAUCGCACAUGUCCGUUGUGGGUACAACAAUUAUCAAAGGGACUGAUAAAAUGAAUUCCCCUUAAAAUGACAAUGUCACGGGAAUAGACAUUUUCAUUCAAGUCCCUACCAUUGGGUUUACAAAAACGAUGCAUUACUACUCAAAGGGUGAACAGUUUGACAAUAGGGGCUGCCACAUUUGACAAUGUUGUUACCUUGUUUCUUAGGCUUUAUCACUUCAGUAAGGUAGCAGCUAAGGCUGACAAGGAUUUUUGAAGCGCUAGCCAAAUGAUACCAAGUCCAAUUGAUACUGAUACCCAACGCAAUAUCUUUGUUGUUGGCUUCACCGGGCAUUGCUCAUCGAGAACGUAAGUGAGUUCCUCUUAACAUAUCAAAGAAGUAAGUGAAUUGCUCCUUUACAUAUGAUACAGAGCUGUAGAAAGCCAAAAAUCUUAAAGACAGAUUUUAAGGAGAUUCGAUACGUAUCAAAAUUAAAAACAUAAGAGACACUUGCCAAAGCGAACAAUGUGCAAGCUGGGAAAACUACAAUAAAAUAGGCCCUGGAUGAAUUUAGGAAACCGACACUGAGCCACGUGCACUAUAAGAAGUUGGCUCUACGUAUUAUCAAAGAAUUUUAUAUUCACAAUUUAGCAGAAGAGAGUUUCUAUUCAUCGAAAUAGUUGUAUUCCGCUAUUACAAACUCUCUAUGGAUCAAGAAAACAGCUCGUAAUAGUGGCAGCUCGCUAUACCGAGGGUUAGUUUUACUUGGAGCUCUUUAUACCUAGGUUUACCAAGAGACCAGGCUUCGUUACAGUGCGAAGUUUGUAUGCAGGGCUCGUAAUAGCGGGAUUCCACUAUAGUGCAUAUUUUACUAUUGAAUUUCUAUCCAAAUCAUUUAAUAAAAG